UGGUUACUCAAAACGGAGAGGGCGUUCCGACGGCAGCGGCGUGGGUUCGCCAGAGUGACACAAUUAUAAUAACUUUGAGCUGGCGAUUGGGGGGAAGUUUGUGAUAUUACCAAAUAACGCCGUAUGGUAAAAACCCCGCAUUAGCAUUGCUCCAUGCAUCCUACGGUAUUAGCUAAUACAGCGUGUUUUGCAUAGAACAAUGUGAAAAGGAGGCUUUUGGAAGGAUCCUAUUUUCCGGACUUGGCAUCAAUUCUUUUAUGUUUUAAUCCUGGCAAAGGUGCUGUUCUUUGGUUCGUAAAUUAUUUCGGUGGAGUUUCUCUACCGCUUUCCUGUUGCUUUUCCAUGAAAUCGUGCGGAGUGUCGCUCGCCGCUGCUGCCUGCGCUGCUGCUCGAAGUAUCGGCGCUGCUGGUGAUGAGGAAAAGAAAAUGGCGGCGGGAAAAGCGAGUGAAACCGAAGAGGACUUUCCGAAGCUAACGGCGCAGGAGAGGGACAGCUUGGUCGGAAUCGACAGUUCACUAUUUGGAUUUCAGAGGCUUCAUGAAGAUGGCGCCAGAACGAAGGCCUUGCUGUUAAAGGCUGUUCGCUGCUAUGAUUCUCUCAUCUUGAAAGCUGAAGGCAAGGUUGAUCCAGAGUUGUUUUGCCAGCUAGGUCACUUCAACCUCCUACUAGAGGAUUACCCAAAAGCAUUAUCUGCAUACCAGAGGUACUACAGUUUACAGUCUGACUACUGGAAGAAUGCUGCCUUUUUAUAUGGCCUCGGUAUGGUUUACUUCCAUUACAACGCAUUUCAGUGGCCCACACAGCCCAGCUGCUCAGAGGCCCAUGGCGAACAGAGAAGGGCGAUAAAGGCCUUCCAGGAGGUGCUCUACAUUGACCCGGGCUUCUCCAGAGCCAAGGAGAUCCACCUGCGGCUCGGCCUGAUGUUUAAGGUCAACACCGACUACGAGUCAAGCCUGAAGCAUUUUCAGCUGGCUUUGAUUGACUCGAACCCCUGCACUUUGUCCAAAGCUGAAAUCCAGUUCCACAUCGCUCACUUAUAUGAAAUUCAGAAGAAAUACCGCGCUGCAAAAGAAGCGUACGAGACUCUCUUACAAACGGAGAAUCUUCCGGCACAGGUGAAGGCAACCACCCUCCAACAACUGGGCUGGAUGCAUCACACGGUGGAGCAGCUCGGGGACAAAGCCAACAAGGACAGCUAUGCCAUCCAGUGUCUGCAGAAGUCCCUGGAAGCUGACCCCAACUCGGGACAGUCCUGGUACUUCCUGGGCAGGUGCUACUCCAGUAUCGGGAAGGUCCAGGACGCCUUCAUCUCCUACCGGCAGUCUAUUGACAAAUCAGAGGCCAGUGCAGACACAUGGUGCUCAAUAGGUGUGUUGUAUCAGCAGCAGAACCAGCCCAUGGACGCUCUGCAGGCGUACAUCUGCGCCGUGCAGCUGGACCACAGCCACGCGGCGGCCUGGAUGGACCUGGGCACGCUCUACGAGUCCUGCAACCAGCCGCAGGACGCCAUCAAGUGCUACAUCAACGCCACGCGCAGCAAGUCCUGCAGUAACAUCAACGCCCUGGCCGCGCGCAUUAAAUGCCUGCAGGCUCAGUUGUGUAACCUUCAGCAAGGUAGUCUCCCGAGUAAAAGUAAAAUGCUUCCUAGUAUUGAGGAGGCGUGGAGCCUGCCAAUCCCUGCUGAGCUUACCUCCAGACAGGGCGCCCUGAGCACGGCACAGCAGGCCUGCAAGCCCCAUCAGAACCAGGAGGGCCAGAACGCGGCCCACUCCCUGCCGCUCCACGCCACCGCCGGCCCGGCGGACGAGCUGUCCAGCCCCGCCAAGAGGAAGAGGACGGCGAGCCCAGCCAAGAAUUCUCCGGAUUCCUGGGCAAACAACCCAAUACAACAGCAAAACCCCAACUGGUACUUGACGCCGCAGAAGUUGCAGCUCCUGGACCAGUUGCGGGCGAACCGGGCGAGCCUGAAGCCGGCUCAGCUGCAGAUGCUGGAGCAGCUGGAGGCUCAGUGCGCCCUCAUGCAGCAGCACCAGCAGCAGAUGAGACAGAACGCUGCUGGUCAGAUGCGCCCCUCUCUUCCCAACGGCCCCUCGUCUGACCCCUCCCUGCCCGCCGGCGCCCCCGGCCACCCGCACCCCAUCCUCUCCCGGACCCCCUCUUCUUCCUCCUCCUCUUCCUGCUCCGUCCCGGCCGGCCCCACGGCCAACGGGCCCUUCCCCUCCAGCCCCGCGCCUCUCGGGGUCGGAGGCGGGACCGACGGCACGUCUGCGGCCAAUAAUCAUGCGGCGGGGGCGGGCCCAGGCAGCAACGGAAACGUGCCUUACCUGCAGCCACACGCGCUACCUCACAACCGCACAACCCCCACCAGCACUGCAGACGAAGCCUGGAAGCACCAACGCGUCAACGCCACUCAGGGGCUUCACAAAGGUCCAGGUUCUCAUUCGGCAGGUCCUAAUGGCGAACAGCCUUUCUCUUCCUCUGGGGUCCUCUCGCCCCAGUCUUCUCAUCCCGUAGCCCCCGGUGCUACCCCUGCCCCUGGCCAUGCCACCCCCAAUCAGGAGGCCCUGGAGCACAGUGGCACUGCCCCGUCCUCCUCCUCCGCAUCCACCGCCGCCGCCACCACCCACAAUCACAUGACCACCCCCAACAGCACCAACGCGCCCCUGACUCUCCCGGCACCUCCCCCUCCCCCUACCGCCACCGCUGCCACCCCGCACUCUGCUACCUCAGGUGGACCGCCGGGCACGGGCCAGACCAAAGAGGGCGCGCCAUCAGGGAACGGGCAUCCGGGCACAGGGGCGCCCCAGAGCGGCGGCGGCGGCGGGAGCGGCAAUGGCAACGGCGGUAACGUCGGCCCCAGCUCGGCGGCGGAGGGACUCCCUAAUCACGUCCCCCCUCAGCAGUCGUCGUCCGCGCCGUCCACCGCCGCCUCCUCCUCCUCGGCCGCUACCGGCUCCCCCCAGCAGGGGGCCUCGGCCAGCCCAGACAAUCCUCAGCUCUCUGCCUUGUUAAUGGGAAAAGCCAACAGUAAUAACAGUAAUACUCCGGGCGAGGCAGGCAAGGCGCAGGUCAACCACGUGACGUCGGCCGCCACGGGCACGACGACGACGGGGGCGGCAGUGGCGGCGUCGGCAUCUUCAUCAUCGCUAUCGUCUUCGGCGGCGGUUGCUCAGGGCAACUCGCUGGCAUCCUCGCCCUGCUCGGCCAUGUCCACGGCGUCGGCCUCGCCCGGCGGCCCCGGCGCCACCCCGACGUGCGCCACGCUCAACGGCCAGGGCCCCGAGCACACGCACAGUCCCCGCAGCACGCAGGAGGCUGGAGGAGGACGGCCACACAAGCCCCCGGCCCCCACCCUCGCGCCCUGGUCCUCCGUCUCCAUCUACCCCAGCUCCAGCGAAGUCCUCAAGGCCUGCCGGAACCUGGGGAAGAACGGCCUGUCGAACAGCAGCAUCCUGCUGGACAAGUGCCCCCCUCCCCGCGUGCCCUCGGCACCCUACCCUCCGCUGCCAAAGGACAAGCUCAACCCCCCCACCCCCAGUAUUUACUUGGAAAAUAAGAGGGACGCCUUCUUCCCACCCCUGCACCAAUUCUGCACCAACCCCACCAACCCAGUCACGGUCAUACGGGGCCUAGCAGGAGCCCUCAAACUUGACCUGGGUCUGUUUUCCACGAAGACGCUGGUGGAGGCCAACCCCGAGCACCUGGUGGAGGUGCGGACGCAGCUGUCCCAGCCCACGGACGAGAACUGGGACCCCACGGGCACGCGCAAGAUGUGGCGCUGCGAGAGCAGUCGCUCGCACACCACCAUCGCCAAGUACGCCCAGUACCAGGCCUCGUCCUUCCAGGAGUCACUACGGGAGGAGAAUGAGAAGAAAGGCCAGAAGGACCACUCGGACACAGAAUCCGCCUCCACAGAGAAUAUGAUGAGGAGACGGAAAGGCCCCUUCAAGUACAUCAAGUUUGGGACCAACAUCGACCUGUCGGAUGAAAAGAAGUGGAAGCCUCAGUUGGCGGAGCUGAGCAAGCUGCCGGCGUUCGCCAGAGUGGUGUCAGCUGGGAACCUGCUCAGCCACGUGGGCCACACCAUCCUGGGCAUGAACACCGUACAGCUCUACAUGAAGGUGCCCGGCAGCAGGACGCCAGGGCACCAAGAGAACAACAACUUCUGUUCGGUGAACAUCAACAUCGGCCCAGGGGACUGUGAAUGGUUCGCUGUGCCCGAGCCGUACUGGGGGGUCAUGAACGAGUUCUGUGAAAAGAACAAUAUAAACUUCCUCAUGGGGUCGUGGUGGCCGAACCUGGAGGACCUGUACGAAGCGAACGUGCCCGUGUACCGCUUCAUCCAGCGGCCGGGAGACCUGGUGUGGCUCAACACGGGCACCGUGCACUGGGUGCAGGCCAUCGGCUGGUGCAACAACAUCGCCUGGAACGUUGGGCCCCUGACUGCAUACAUGUAUAAGCUGGCGGUGGAGCGAUACGAGUGGAACAAACUGCAGUGUGUCAAAUCCAUCGUUCCCAUGGUUCACCUGUCCUGGAACAUGGCCAGGAACAUCAAAGUGUCCGACCACAAGCUCUUCGAGAUGAUCAAGUACUGCUUGUUCCGGACGCUGAAGCAGUGUCAGAUGCUGAAGGAGGCGCUGAUGACUGCUGGCAAGGAGCUUGUGUGGCACGGGAGGACCAAGGACGAGAUUGCACACUACUGCAGCAUCUGCGAGGUGGAGGUGUUUGAUCUGCUGUUCGUGACCAGCGAGAGCAACUCCCGGAAGACGUACGUGGUGCACUGCCAGGACUGCGCACGCAAGGCCAGCACCAACCUGGACAACUUUGUGGUGCUGGAGCAGUACAGGAUGGACGACCUGAUGGGGAUCUACGACCAGUUCACAUUAGCACCUCCUCUGCCCUCGCCCUCAUCUUGACAUUAACAUUUUCUGGUUCUGAGGACAAUAGUAACGCCCAGGAACUUUUAAAUGAAGCCGUUUCUGAUAUUCAGGAAAAGUGACCCAGCUCCACACCACUGGUUUCUGUAGCGGACCCUUAACCAACCACCCACCCACCCACCCACCCGCCCUGCCUGCCCACCGGCCGCCACCUGGUCCAGUCAUCGUCCCUCCCUGACACCACCACCCAACCCAACCACUACCACCACCACCAUCACCACCAUCUCCAUCACCAUCCUCCUCCCCAGGCCCAGCCCCACCCCCCUCGAGGCUGCUGGCUGAGAGAUACUUGUCUAUGCAACCUGCCAAGAGUGCAGCAUCAACCCCGUCAAGCAGGGGGUAGACCCUGUUCUCCCUCUUUCUCUCUCUCUUUCUUCCUUCCUCUAUCGUUCUGUCUCUCACUCUCUCUCUCUCUCUCGUCUGUCUCUCUUUCUCACUCCCUCUGUCCCUGUUACCGGUCUCCAGGACUGUUUCUGGCUGGUUCAGCUCAAUUUCUUUUAGUGGAAAAAAAAGACUUUGACAAAAAAUGGACAAAAUUACUGAAAAUAAAGUUUUUGUAUAUAUUAUGUCACAACUGGCAACAUCACUCAAAGACUACUGACUUGACCCCCUUUUCUCCUUGAUUUCUUUGUUUUGUUUUUGUUUUUCCCUUUUUUAAGUUUGAUUUCAUGUAUGGGCUGAUACAUGAUUUGUUUUGUUUUUUUCUUUCGUAUUGAAUCUCAUUUUCUCUGUGAAAUGAGUACUAGCCUAGCUGGUAUUUUGUAUGGUAGGUAGAAGAUUUAAAGUCUCUUUGGGCAGCGGAAAAAAAAAAAAACUUAAAAAUAUUCAAAAAAAAAUUUGUAAUGUGAAAAGUUAGGUGGUAUAAUUUUUUACAGCUUUUAUGUUCACCUGUCUUUAUGUUUUUUGUUUGUUAGGGGAAUAAAAAUGACAAAAUAAGAGAAAAAAAGAAAGAUAACAGCCACGUCACAAAGAACAAUGGGUUGCACAUAGACUAAGAAAUAAACUUUAAUUUGUGAUUUUUGUUUUGUUUCUAAUCUUGUUGUAAAUUUACACUAUUUAUAAAUGCAUAUUUAUUGCUUGAAAGUAUUUGUUGAUGGAAUGCUGUUAUUUUUUUCAGAGUACCUGCCAUUAAAUUUUAAGGAGCAAUGUCAUUUUGAGCAUUUUCUCCUCUUACGUUUUCUAUAUAUAAAUAAAACUGCUUAGCAAGCGUUGUACAGAAAACCCUCGGUAAGAUUGUUUUAUUGUUUGAAGGAUGUUUUAUGCGUUAUUAAACAAAGUUGUCUUUAUUACUGAAA